UUCCUGUUUCCUGUUUUUAGGCAAGCUUGCUACGCGUACGGCGACGAACGACACUGGAUUCCGAGGAAAGGCCUCACCGGAUCCCCAUCGCGAUAAUGCCGAAACUGCCAUGCGCGAAAAUGGAGCGACGAGCGCCAAGCGAGAGAGAGAGAGAGCCUCUGUAUGUGGAGGAGGUGUCAGCAUCCACGCCAAUCUCGGGGAAGCGCAAGUAUUUUCGGCUAUCUUACCACUUGCUGUUAUUGAUCUUCCGAUUACUGGUUCAUCUGCUGAGCGCAUUCGUUUUAGGUUAGAAAGUUGAUUGGAAGAUUUUCUUCAGGCCCGAUAAAUUUCUGCUGAGAAAGGUUGAAACUUGAAAAAAAAUGGCGCAAGUUCGACCUAAGAUUAGGUUGGGAGUGGAUGAGGAAACGAUCAUGGAAAACUUGUUUGGGGAGGAAAUUAAAUUUUUGGGCCGAGAUGGAUUUGAAGGCUCAGAAAAGGAGCGACGCAUGUGCAUGAAUGUUAUGGAUGGAGUGGAUGUUAGAAAUUUCAGCAAUUCUUCCAAGAUGGUAAAAUUUCAAGUGAGAAGCAGAAAUGAAUCACUUACAGAAGCCACAGCCAAAUCUCCUAUUUCUAAAGAGAGUUGUGCUUCUACACAGUCAAAACAUGACAUGUGCAUCGUUGAAAGCUCAGUGGGGAUGCCAUCUGAUGUGGAUUUUUCUGCUAGUACUCCUUCACCUGCUGUCCUGAGUAAAAUUGUUGCAGAAGAAAAUGUAUUAAAACAUUCCUUAGUGGAUCUCCAAACACCGGCCAACCAAAAAUACGAAGAGUCAGAUGCUACUGGUUUGGUUAAUAAUGUGUUGGCCCUGCCAUGCCAACAGUCGGCUGAACCUAAUGUUCCAACCACUGACGCUAUCACUGCAUUGGUUGAGACGCCAACUUGUAAUGAUAUUCAUGCUCACCUCAGUUCAGAAGAACAUCUGGGAAAGAUAGCUACAGAACAUAGCAAUAGAAUAUCGUUGGAACCAUUAUGUAGUAGGGAUCUUACCCUUCUGCUCCGCUCACAUGCAUGUCGUCUUCUUAAGGAUGCUGGUUGGCUGGUUAAGAUUCGGCAACGCAUUCACAAGCCCCAAGUUGAUUCCCACUAUAUAUCACCCAAUGGACAUACUUUUCACUCCCUUUCCAAAGCUUGGGUGGCAUUUGGGUCCGAGUUACUUGCUAGUAUUCAAAUUGCAGGAGCUAAUGUCAAAAUGGAAAGAGUUUGGGCUCAUAUUGAUGGGUUCUGGGCUGACUUAGCAAAUAUUUUGGUAGAAAUUAAUGCAAAGAUCCAGGGCAUGGAAAAGCCUGCUUCUUUUCUGCUGCAAUGGUGCAUACUUGAUCCUUUCAUGGCUGUGGUGUGCAUUGAUAAAAAAGUUACUGCUCUGAAACGCGGAAUGGUAGUGAAAGCGGCAAAAAGUAAAGCAAUCAUUUUAAGUGACAACAAGAGCUUGUUCUUUGCAUCGGAGGGUGCGAGUAAGCUUCAAGAUCACACUUUCCCUCGCAACAUGGGCCAAUCAGUGCAGCCAGUUUUUUCUGAUAGCAGGUCAGAGGUGCUUAGAUGUUCCAGUGGUCAGCAGUUUUCACCUUUACAUGCUUUUCAAGGUUUGAAAAGAAAAGGGAAGCGCAAGAAAUUAGUGUAUGGAACAAGCGACGAUAUGCAUUCCCGCGGUAAAAGACCCAAAAGCUCAUCUAGGCAUGUAACCGAGGUGUUUUCUAAUGCUACAAACUUGCAUGGAAUGAAGCACAAUCUUUCAUUAGCCAAUGAUAUGCCAGUUCAAGUGGCAAUGAUCUUUGAUGGUUCUUCACAUCCUGAUUGCUUGAAUCUAUCUGAAAAUUCCUCAAUUCAGACAAAAGGAGUGUGUUGCAGUCCCACUGAGAAAUCGAACAUAGAUAAUGAUUCUUUUAAUGAAUCAAGAACUGAUCAACCAGCACUUUCUAAAGACACCCCAUGCAGCUCUAUGAGCAUGGCAAAUCAAAAGGAUAAAUUUGGCUCUUCUUAUGUUUUUGGUGAUAGCAUUAGGAGGGCAUUAACUUUUCAAGGAAGCGUUGAAAUUGGUGGUAGUUCGUAUUUCAAGCCUACCGAUGUUAGUUGUUAUACUCAUGAGAGAAAUGAGAAUCUUGGUGAAGAUGGACAACUGAGGAGGACAAAUUUUGGAAAUACUAGGAACUUUUUAAUGGUAAAUCCGACACAUCUUAACCACCAGAAUUCAGAAAAACAGACGACUAGUUUAAUAAAGCAGACAUCAAAAAGGUCUAAGAGAACUUCAGAAUCUCAGUUGGCAAAAAGUACUGUUAAGAAGUCUAAGAAUAGUAUAGAAAAUGAAUUCAUGAUAUAUUUUAAGAUUUCUGAACUUGAUGCCAAUGAAGAAAACACAGAGGGUUUGAUGUCUAACGUUUCAGAUGCUAAUUGCAUAUUCUCAUUCCCUAUUUCUAUGAAUCAUUGCAAAAAUGAUUCCCCACAUCUUAACCACCAGAAUGCCACUAAUUCGAGAGAGGAAUUAAUUUCAGAGGAGACAACGAAAUCUGUUUCUCAUCAAAUCCAAGCUGAAGAGCCUUCUAAAUUGGAGAUUGAGCGUACUAAAUCCCAAAAGUCUCAUAAUUACUUUAAUGAUUUUAGUGCAGUUGUUUGUUCAUUGAAUGUUUUAGGGAAUUCAUUUAGUGCGCCUCUCGACAAAAGGGUUGAUGAAGCUCUACCUACUGACCCUCUCAUCAGCAAAGAAGUGGAUGAAGUGGAGAAAGCUAAUGCGUGUGAAAAUAAUGGAAAGGAAAAUCACAGUUAUGUGAUUCAGAACAAUUACCAUGCAAUGUCAAAAGAUGGUAUAAUUUCGCUAGAGCCUCCACGCGACAAGAGUUUUGAUGAAGCUCUAAUGCUUGAUCUCGGCAGCUCCGAAGAAGCUGUCGAGGUAAAGAGAACCGUAGAGGGCAAGAAAAGAGGAAGGAAGAAAAAAUAUAGGUGCAGGAUUAAGGAUUGUAGCUCUCAAGAAGCGGGCGAGAUAAAGAAAACCGUACAGUUCAAGAAAAGAGGAAGGAAAAAACAGGAUGGCUGCAAGAUUAAGGUUAACAAUCUAUUGAAUUCUCCCAUAAUAAACACAAUGGAUAACCAAUCUUGCUGCAGAACGAUGUCUGCUAGAAGUAGGAAUUCUGAAUCACAAGCAUCCAGAGAAACAAGUAUGAGAUCUUGUAGAUCGGCUGUGCAUCCUGCUAAUCGUGCAAGGGAGGUAUCUGUUGAUGAUGAACAAGCUCUCAAAGGAGUAAGGACAGUGCUAUGCUGGCUAAUUAAGAUGGGUGUGCUUUCAUCUACUGAUAUCAUGCAGUACCAGAGUCCAAGAAAUAGUGCAGUGGUUAAGGAAGGUCAGAUUACUAAAGCUGGAAUUCUCUGCAGAUGCUGCCAGAAGAUUCUUUCUGUAUCUGAAUUUAAAAGGCACGCUGGAUUCAAGGUGCAGAAACCCUCUCUGAAUCUUUUCCUGAAGUCUGGAAAAUCAUACAUAUCAUGUCAGCUUCAGGCUUGGUCUGCUGAGUGUGAGCUGAGGAAAGAUGACUUUCGAACUAGAGAAGUAGAUAAGGAAGAUGAGAAUGAUGAUGCUUGUAGAUUUUGUGCUGAUGGUGGCGAGCUAAUAUGCUGUGAUAGCUGCCCAUCUACUUACCACCAAGCUUGUUUGUACUUACAGGAGAUUCCAGAAGGCAGUUGGUACUGCCCAAAUUGUAGUUGUGCUAUUUGCAAUUGUGCCCUUCAUGUGACCGAGGAUUCAGGUUUCAUUGCAACACUAGAGUGCUCACUGUGCGAACAGAAAUAUCAUGAAACGUGCAUAAAGGAUGGGAUUAAAUGUGAUGCAGUUGGAUCUAAUUUGUGGUUUUGUGGACAAAAAUGUCUUCAGGACCCUUCAAGACCAGGCGGUAAAUUCAUGUUUACAUCAAGUUGCAUAAGGGGCCCGUCUCGGUUUGCUGCAAUGGAGAGUCGGAUUCUAAUGGAGUUCAGUUUGGCUACUGGGGCGAAUGUCUCUUGGUAG